AUGGGAUGUCAUACUACAGCUCCAGACAAGGUCAGCCCAAUUAAACUUCAUGGCAGCAGUGCGAGAAAAUUCUACUCACCCCUUCAAAAAUACCGCUCUGUCUUUUUAUCAAGACCUGUCCAGGCCUGCCUUGGUAUGGAUAAGCCUGUUCAGACCGCUGACCAACACACUCCGUCAACAUUCUAUCCCAUACUGCUGGGCAUUCCCCAGGAGCCUGGUCAUCAUGCAUGUUGGUGCAACAUCCCGCAUAACCGACGCAUCGGAAAUGGACUAUCACCAAAUUCGGAUAUGACCACCCACGCACCGAGACAAAAGCCACACACACCUGGGACAUGUCCAAAGUAA